UCCGUGGCUAACUAGCAAUCGAACAAUAAAAAAAUAAAAAACCAAUUGGGAAUUUAGAGAAUGGCUCGAUUUAUUAAGAUGCACGUCUUUAUCGGUUGUCUUGUUUUGCUGGCUUCCUGCUGUUGUUCCAUCAAUGCUUCAAACGUGGAAGAACAGUUGCUGCAACUGCAGGAUAGCUUUAAUGAAAUGCGCGGAAGUUUGGCGGAAAAGAGCAGUCGAAUGGACGCAUUGGAACUUCAAGUUGCUCAGUUGACAUCUCAAGUGAUUCAAUUGCAGCGCGUGGAAAAUCAAAAUAAGAUUUUGAUGGAAGAAAUCGCCCAGUUGAAUGAAAUGCGAAAAACAAGAGUUUUAAAUGGCAUCAGCAACCAGCCAUCGACUAACGCCAUCAGCCAAAUGCCAACGUCGUGUGAGGACCUAAGUGAAAUUGGUCACACCUUGAACGGACUUUACUCGGUCAUGGGAAUGAAAUCAGUGGAGAGCGUUUACUGUGACUUUUCAAAUGCAACAAACGAUUCAGGUUUUCAGACAUGGAUUGGCCACGUCGAUGUCAAAUCAACACCAACGUAUUUCUUUGUACGCAGGAGUGACUAUUUCGAAGAAUUAGGAACGCCAAUCCUGUUCGACAUUGAAGAGCUCAAUGUGGGUGCGGCUUACGACAAAAAUUCUGGAAUUUUCACGGCACCCGUAACGGGGAAAUAUUUUUUUACCGUCAGUGGAUUGGGAUACUUUCCCGGAUCAAUUGUCUCGUCUAGAUAUCACAUUCAAGUCGGCCUAUAUAAAAACGAUGAAGCAAUGGCCUUUGCACUGGCUGACGAAGUCGAAGUCGGCUUUCAAUACGAAACAUUUUCACUUCAGUUAACACUCGAAUUAACCAAAGGCGAUCAAAUUUCUGUUCGAAUUCAAGGUCUGUCGCCUUAUGUGUCUUUGAGGGCAGGAAUGUUUACCCAAUUUAACGGUUUCCUAUUGGAAGAAGAUAUUACGCAGUUCCUUCAUAUGUUGGAAAUGGUUCAAUUUAUUAAGAUGGACGUUGUUAUUUGUUUGAUUGUUUUGCUGGCUUCUUGCUGUUGUUCCAUUAAUGCUUCAACUGUGGAAGAACAAUUGCUGCAACUGCAGGAUGGCUUUGAUAAAAUGCGCGAAAUUCUGGAGGAAAAGAACAGCCGCAUGGAAGCUCAAUUAGCGGCUCAAGUGGUUCGAUUGGAGCGCGUGGAAAAUCAAAAUAAGAUUUUGAUGGAAGAAAUCGCCCGGUUGAAUGAAAUGCGGAAAACAAGAGUUUUAAAUCGAGCCAAUGGCAUCAGCAACGAGCCAUCGACUAACGCCAUCAACCAAAUGCCAACGUCGUGUGAGGACCUAAGUGAAAUUGGUCACACCUUGAACGGACUAUACUCGGUCAUGGGAAUGAAAUCAGUGGAGAGCGUCUACUGUGACUUUUCAAAUGCAACAAGCGAUACAGGUUAUCAGACGUGGAUUGGCCACGUCGAUGUCAAGUCAUCGCCAGCGUAUUUCUUUGUGCUCAGGGAUCAAAUUUUUAAUGAAACAAGAACGCCAAUCCCGUUCGACAUUGUACAGCUCAAUGUGGGUGCGGCUUACGACAAAAAUUCAGGAGUUUUCACGGCACCCGUAACGGGGAAAUAUUAUUUUACCGUCAGUGGAAUGGCAGCCUUUCCCGGAACAUAUAUUACGACUAGACUUUUCUUUCAAAUCGGCCUGUAUAAAAACAAUGAAGCAAUGGCCUUUGCAAUGGCUGACAAUGUCAGCGACUACUAUGAAAACGAAUCGUUUUCAUUUCAAUCGACACUUGAGUUAAUCAAAGGCGAUCAAAUUUCGGUUCAAAUUUACGGCAUGUCGCAAGCUGCAUCUUUGAUGACAGACACGUACACCCAAUUUAACGGUUUCCUAUUGGAGGAAGAUAUUACGCAGUACCUUUAUAUGUUGUGAAACCAAGCUUGUUGCUGACAAUUGCAAAGCAGAUCUCUUAGGGGAUCUGCAUUCUAUUGAUAACACCCAAUACCAAUGCCUAUCAGUCAAUUGAAUAAUACAAUUCAUUCCAAUGGAAA